ACCCAAAAUCUGCCAUGAACUGAGAGAAGAAAGGCUAGCAAUGGUCCAGACUAGCCCCAAAAAAAAAAUCUGAUCCAAAAAACUGCAAAAAAAAUACAAAAAUUCCCCCCCCCCCCCCAAAAAAAAAAAGGAAGAGUCUUAUCUCGCAAAAAAGAAAACGAAGAAGGCAAUUCCAGCUACACUAGAACAUAAAAGUUUGCAAAUUUGGGUCGAAGAGAUCGAAAAUCAUUGAAUGCAUGGCUUGCCGUAUCAAUUUUAAUCUCCGGUGUUCUACUUCGGAUACGCCGCGUUUCGUGCCCUCAUCUCACACCUUCAAAAACCCUACUCUUAUCCUUCCUUUAAAACUCCGCACCAACCCUACUAAUCUCCCCAAGCUUUCUUUAUCGACUUCUAGGUGGCUGCGGAGGCGACGGAUGGGUUUUCUGACGGUGAAUUCUCAUAUGGCCACCGAGGAAAAGUCUGUUUCUGGGGAUAGGAUGCUUGUGUUUGUGCCUCCGCACCCGUUGAUUAAGCACUGGGUUUCAGUUUUGAGGAAUGAGCAAACUCCAUGCCCCAUUUUCAGAAAUGCUAUGGCUGAGUUGGGGAGGCUACUUAUGUAUGAAGCUUCAAGGGAUUGGUUGCCUACUGUAUCAGGAGAGAUUCAAUCGCCAAUGGGUAUUGCUUCAGUUGAAUUUAUUGAUCCAAGGGAACCUGUGGCGAUUGUCCCAAUCUUGAGAGCCGGUCUUGCUCUGGCUGAACACGCACCAUCCAUUUUGCCAGCUACUAAAACAUAUCAUUUAGGGGUAAGCAGAAAUGAAGAGACACUUUUGCCAACUGUUUAUCUAAACAAGUUGCCUGACAAAUUUCCCGAAGGAUCCCGAGUGUUUGUGGUAGAUCCUAUGCUGGCAACAGGUGGCACAAUUGUGGCUGCACUCAACCUCUUGAAGGAACGUGGAAUUCAAAACAAGCAAAUGAAAGUGAUAUCUGCUCUGGCAGCUCCUCCAGCCCUUCAAAAGCUGAGCGAGAAAUUCCACGGGCUUCACGUGUAUACUGGAAUUAUUGAUCCCACUGUCAAUGACAAAGGGUUUAUAAUUCCCGGACUUGGAGAUGCAGGAGAUCGGAGCUAUGGUACAUGACUGAAAAGGAAGAACAAAAGGAGGCAAAAAAAAUUACUAUCUAUAUGCAAAUUUGAUUUAAAUUUGUUGAGCCAUCACCAAGUUUAGAGGGCAUUCUGAAUUUUUUAGCUAUUUGAUUGGUGAACUUUGGUUGCAGAUUUAUAAGUCAAUGACAGGUAUUUGUCUAUUUUCAAGUUUGUGUUAAAUAAAAUGUGUUUUACUGGUAGA